AUGAAGAUCAUUACUGUCCUGGCUGGCGGUUUGGCCUCCCUGGCUACCGCCGCUCCGCAUAAAAGAUCUGAGCCCUGCUCCCUGAUUCGGGAAAAAGUUGAGAAAUGGUACAAGGACAAUGAUAUUGUCGCUAACCCCCCUUCUAACUCCCCACUCGAGCGCUUCCUCAUCCCCUCGGCUCCUCCCGCCCCCAUUCCUCCCUCCCUAGCCAUUGCUUGUCUCCAAACAGUCCACCUCCACAAGGACGCUGCUCUCGAGCAGCUCCGCUUCCUGCGCGCUCUCGUCGAGUGGCAAAGCACAAUCGAUUAUUUGAAGGAUCCCCCCAAGGGGUAUCUCAGUGAGGGAGUUGACCUAGUGGCGGGGCUGGAAGAGAUUGCGCGAUAUCUGGAGGAGGACAGGUAUGACACUGACUUUGGGUGGUUGUGGGAUGUGGAGGCGCUGGUGGCACGGGCGAGGGACGGACAUUUGGUUUAUAAGACGCUGUUGUGGAAUCUGUUUACCUUUGUGCCGGGAGUGCAAUUUGUCUCGGUGUCCAAAGACGGCGCGGAACUUCCUGAGAUCUACGUCUACGAGGACAUCAAUCACACCAUCCACGGCUACACCCCCUCUCCAGUAACUCACAUCGACCAUCUCCCCGCCUACGAAUACCUCUCCCGUCUUGCCGUCCUCAACGGCGGCGCUCACGACCCCGACGCGCGAUAUAACUCUCUCUUCCCUAGCAUUACCCGGCAAGCUUCCGUCUUGCACGUCGAUCCCGCAAUUUAUCCCAUUGCUGCACUCCCCGACGAGACCAUCGUCACCCUCUCCAACGGGACCAAGCUCGUGUACGAGAAUGUUGCCUACGUGAGGGCCAACUUCUCUGGUAUCUCGACUGGCGAAGAUCUUUGGAAAGUUUAUGGGGAUGGAUCAAGUACAGCGCCUCAGCCUCUGUCUUGGGAUAUCUAUCGCGCCGCUGCUUUUAACUACACUUCUGAUCUGGCUCUCUACCCCCCUAACCCCGUUGCUGUCACACCUGACGGUCUCGUCGCCGGCUGGCUGCCCGACACCCCUGAGCUCAAGGACACUGCCAUUUUGAAGGUGACCUCCUUCUCAGAAGUGACACACCCCGAUAUUGCGACUGGCAACAACACUGAGGAGGUAUCAUCACUAGGAGAACACUUUGCCGAGGUGGUCAUCGAGACAAUUAUCAAGGCUAAGAAGGCCGGCAGAGAGAAGCUGGUGAUUGAUCUCCAAGACAACGGUGGCGGGCUAAUCAUCAACCUUUUGACUCUCUACUUCUCUCUCUUUCCGCCGGCGCAAGACGAACCUGCCGAGUUCCCUCUAAUCUGGCAAGCCCGCGUGCACGACCAGCUCACUCUCAUCGGGGAAUCGGCAUUCAAUGCUACCGAAGGUAAACUCCCGUGGGCCAUAUCCCAGUUCAUUCCCGCUUUCUCUCCUCCAGACAACUUCACCACCUUCCAGGACUUUUUCGGUCCCGUCGCCAACCCUGCUCACUGGAAUACAUCCUUCUCAACCUUCCCCGCACAGCUCAAUGCCUCCUUCUGGCAAGACCCGGAAGCCUUCGGCGCAAACUGGACUUCGCCCCCCUUCAAGCCGGAAAACAUUGUCCUGUUGACUGAUGGGUUGUGUGCCUCGGCUUGCGCACUCUUCGUCGAUGCCCUGACGCACAGCCCCCGCCAUAAGGGCAUCAAGACCGUUGUUGUGGGCGGCAGACCACUGAAGAAACCAAUGCAAUCCGUGGGAAUGGUCCGCGGCAGGCCCUUGGGAACCCUCCAAGCCUUUGACGAACUCGACCUACCUGAGAUUGAAGCCAUCCGGUCGGAGGAUGAUCCCCUCCUCGCGAAAGAUGGCAAGACCCUCCUCCUCCCGCCAACAAACUCCUCCAUCUACCGUCCCCCCAUUCGCGUCGUCGGACGCGAUGAGCUCGGCACGUGGGGGACAAGCAUCGCUGUCAACCUCAUGAAUGUCGCUCCCUGCCCCGAAGACGAUGACCCUGAAUGGGUCGGCGUGCCGAUGCAGGUUCGCUAUUCAGCUGCCCAGUGUAAGGUUUUUGAGACGUGGGAGACGGUAAGGGAUGUGGAGAGGUUGUGGAAAAAUGUGAGGAAGGUUGCCUGGGAGAGAGGCAAGUGUGUUGAAGGGUCGAGUACUGGGGAAGGGGGGACGAUUGGGGAUACGAUACUGGGCUAUGAGGAGGGAGUUGAGGAUGAGAAGAAACUUGGGGAACUGCCGGGUUGGAUUGGCGAAUAG